CGCCCCACUACAAAUUCAAGUCUCCAGCGUUUCAUCUCUUUCUCCAGAGACUCCAGCACCAAAAAGUUACUUCGUUAUCAUCGCCAUCUUCUUCUUCUUCUUCUUCUUCUUCAUAACACAAACUCUCACGAUCAUUAACACAAACACUUACCAUGCAGUCACUUCAAUCCACAUCUCUUCAUGCAACGCCAUUAAACCCACUUCGGAAAAACACUAACUUCAGUCUCCCCACUAAUGUACGCCCCACCACCAGGAAAUUCUCCUACAUCACCGCCUCCGCUACCAAAUCCUCGCCCAAGCGCGAGAAGGACCCCAAGAAGCGUGUGGUUAUCACUGGCAUGGGAUUGGUCUCCGUCUUUGGGAAUGAGGUCGAUACUUAUUAUGAGAAAUUGUUGGCGGGUGAAAGUGGGAUUACCAUGAUUGACCGCUUCGAUGCGAGUAAGUUUCCGACCCGGUUCGGGGGUCAGAUCCGGGGGUUUAGUGGGAAGGGUUUUAUUGAUCCGAAGAAUGAUAGGAGACUCGAUGAUUGUUUGAGGUACUGCAUUGUUGCCGGGAAGAAGGCUCUGGAAGAUGCAGAUCUUGGUGGUGAUAACUUAACGAAGCUUGAUAAGGAGCGGGCUGGGGUGCUUGUGGGAACAGGAAUGGGUGGUCUUACAGCCUUUUCUGAUGGUAUUCAGUCUCUAAUAGAGAAGGGUCACAGGAAAAUAAGCCCUUUCUUCAUUCCUUAUUCCAUAACAAACAUGGGGUCUGCUUUACUUGGAAUGGAUAUUGGUUUCAUGGGUCCAAAUUAUUCAAUUUCAACUGCUUGUGCUACCUCCAAUUACUGCUUCUAUGCGGCUGCUAAUCACAUCCGUAGAGGUGAGGCGGAUUUGAUGAUUGCUGGUGGAACUGAAGCAGCCAUGAUUCCUAUUGGCUUGGGAGGUUUUGUUGCAUGCAGGGCAUUGUCCCAGAGAAAUGAUGACCCACAAACAGCUUCAAGGCCAUGGGACAAAGAGAGAGAUGGUUUUGUUAUGGGUGAAGGUGCUGGAGUAUUGAUUAUGGAGAGCUUGGAACAUGCAAUGAAACGAGGUGCACCAAUCAUUGCAGAGUACUUAGGAGGUGCUGUUAACUGUGAUGCUUAUCAUAUGACUGACCCAAGAUCCGAUGGACUUGGAGUGUCAACAUGCAUUCAGAGCAGCCUUGAAGAUGCUGGUGUGUCACCUGAGGAGGUUAACUACAUAAAUGCUCAUGCAACUUCCACUCCAGUUGGUGACCUGGCUGAGAUAAAUGCUAUUAAAAAGGUAUUCAAGAGCACCUCAGAGAUCAAAAUCAAUGCCACCAAGUCUAUGAUUGGGCACUGCCUUGGUGCAGCUGGGGGGUUGGAAGCCAUUGCCACUGUAAAGGCCAUAACUACUGGAUGGCUGCAUCCUACCAUUAAUCAAUUUAACCCAGAGCCUGCAGUUGAGUUCGAUACUGUUGCCAACAAAAAAAAGCAGCAUGAAGUGAAUGUUGGCAUUUCAAAUUCAUUUGGAUUUGGUGGGCACAACUCUGUGGUGGCGUUUUCUGCUUUCAAGCCUUGAUCGUUCAAGAUGAUUCAGCCAUUCUGCACUUGUUGUAGGAUAUAAAUCUUACAUAUUGGAUUUAGUAACUAAUCGUACAUCAAGCUGCUUUAUCUUCUUUCUCCAGUUGCUGCAUAUUUACCUCCAGGCAUUUUUAGUAGUUAUUAGUGAUGUAAUAAUAUUUGAGUUGAACUCUAGUUUUAAGAAUUGUGAACUAUAUUUUCAUUUUUAAAAGCAGUGGGAUAUAGUGGGGUUAUUGGGGCAUGAAGUUUUGUCGGCUUUGAAGUAAUGUUGUUGAUAGAGGAAGGAAACUGCCGCAAGGCCUUUAAUUUAACACCAGUCUUGUACUUGUGGUAACGAAGGCUUCUAAGGUCUCUUUGUUUGAAUGAAUCGAUUUCUUAUAA